UCAUCAUCAUCUGCGGGUGCGAAUGCGAAUGCGAAUGCGAUUGCGAUUGCGAUUGCUGGUCUUUCGAGCUCUACUAGAUCCAUAAUAGAUUGUGGCGGUAGAUUUCCAAUCCGCGCCGCAGCGCAUCGUCACGUGCUCAGAUCUACAGCGCAAUCGGAAGAUGGGGAGGCCGGUGGGGAAGCAUAAAUCUGCCAAAUUGGUGUUCGGAUGCGUCCUCCUCUUAGGGUUUGGCCUCGUGUACGACUACUUCUGGGCCGCUUCUCCGCGCUUCACUUCUUCUCCUUCUUCUUCACUUUCCUCCAAUUGGGCCACCCACGAGGCCCCUUCCAAGAUAACCCUGCCCAGUGAUGCCGAUCGUGGCUCCCUCAAGGGACGAACUGCGGAGACGGACGAUGCUCCUGGGAGAGUCUUGUCUGCAACUUUUGCGGAUCUACCCGGGCCGGAGCUGAAAUGGGAGAAGAUGGCUCCUGCGCCGGUGCCUCGGUUAGAUGGGGCGGCAAUUCAGAUAAAGAGUCUUCUUUAUGUGUUCGCCGGAUACGGCACUAUUGAUUAUGUGCAUUCUCAUGUUGACAUAUACAACUUUUCAGAUAAUACUUGGGGAGGAAGAUUUGACAUGCCAAAAGAAAUGGCUCAUUCACACUUGGGAAUGGUUACGGAUGGGAGAUAUAUAUACGUGGUCACAGGACAAUAUGGUCCACAGUGUCGUGGACCUACAGCGCAUAAUUUCGUGUUAGAUACUGAGACCAAGCAGUGGCAUGACUUGCCCCCUUUACCGAUUCCUAGGUAUGCACCCGCUACCCAACUUUGGAAAGGCAGACUUCAUGUGAUGGGAGGCAGCAAAGAGAAUAGGCAUACGCCUGCAGUUGAGCACUGGAGUCUUGCUGUGAAGGAUGGAAAAGCAUUGGAGAAGGAAUGGAGGAAUGAAAUACCAAUUCCCCGUGGAGGACCUCAUAGGGCCUGCAUUGUGGUUGAUGACCGAUUGAUGGUUUUAGGCGGUCAAGAAGGUGAUUUCAUGGCGAAACCUGGAUCGCCUAUUUUCAAAUGCUCCCGUAGAAAUGAGGUUGUUUACGGCGAUGUUUACAUGCUAGACGAUGAGAAGAAGUGGAAAGUAUUACCUUCGAUGCUAAAGCCAAACUCCCACAUCGAGUUUGCUUGGGCUCAUGUUAAUAAUUCUAUUAUCAUUGCUGGAGGCACAACGGACAAGCAUCCAGUGACAAAAAGGAUGGUGCUUAAUGGGGAACUGGUCCGGUUCAAUUUAGAUUCACCGAAAUGGUCUGUGAUUGGUAAACUUCCCUUUCGUGUGAAGACUACGCUUGUUGGGUUUUGGGAUGGGUGGUUUUACUUCACAUCUGGACAGCGAGACAAAGGACCAGCCGACCCUGCGCCAAAGAAGGUCAUCGGAGAGAUGUGGAGAACCAAAUUAAGAUUGUAACGGUUUUUUUCCAACCGAUUCUUUCAUUGGGUUUAUGGGAUGCAAUUUUUUGGUUAUGAUGUGUUGUGCCUAGUUCAGUGGGAACAAGGGGCGGGAAUGGUGUCUCCCCUAACCAUGUAUAGAAAUGCAGGCUUUAUGUGACAAAUACUACAACUAUCGAAGUUCUAUAGUGUUAUAUCUCCAUUGAUUCUUGAGGAA